CUUUUUACACACACUAAACGCCUCCUGGCUGCAACAGGCCAGGCGCAAUGCUCUCAAUAGUAGCUGGCUAGCGAGUUAGCUACCAUUCAUCGAUAGGCAGAACCAGGUCAAUCCAGUCUGUGCUUAGCCAAACCAGAUCAUUUUUUCCAACCAAAACGCAAAUAUACCGUGAGAAAGUCAUACGUUUUAAGUUUCGCACUAUUAUUCCGAUAACGUUAGGCAAGCGAGUUAGCUUAGCCUGCUGAAAACUACCUGGCUUGUACCUUAGCACGCUAGUGGUUGCUCUGUGUAACCAAACCUGCCGCCAAAUAUUCCUCCAACAUUAUUGGGACAUUGAAAAGUAACGUUACGGACUCAGAUCUGCAGAAUGGCGAGGCCUUCGAGGAAUAAGAGGGUAGUUGAUUACGCCCAGUUUCAAGAGUCUGACGAUGCUGAUGAAGAAUAUGAAGGAGAGUCCGACAAACCCAAGAAAGCCGUGAAACAGAGUGAUGAGUCUCGAGUUAAAGACCAUAAGAAGGACUUUAGUGAUGACGAUAAUGACUAUGGUGAGGAGGAAGAGGAUGACGACGGCGGUGACAGUGACUACAAGACUAAAAAGGUUAGCAAGGGAAGGCAGGCGACCGCUAAAAGGAAAAGAGCUGCAGAUGACAGCGAUGAUGAAGAGAAGGUUGUGAAGAAGAAGGGUCGGCAGGUGCGGCAGGCUGCUAGUAAAGCAGCCUCCAAACAGAGGGAGAUUCUUCUUGGGGACGGAGGCAGUGAAGAAGAAGAGGGGGAGGAAGAGGGAGAUGAAGACGACAGUGAUGUUUAUACAGGAGAGGAUUCAGGCAGCGAUGAAGAUUUUAUGGUGGAAGAUGACGAUGAUGACAGCGACUAUGGGCGGCCCAAGAGGAAGAACGUGAAAGUCAGCAGGAGGAGCAAAGACAAGAAGUCCCCAAAAUCCAGAAUAAGAACUUCAGUGAGCAGGGGGCCUAAAAAGAAGAGAGGAAAGCGUCAGACUAAGGCAAAGAAGGUUGUAACCAAAAAAGUUAUCCCUAAAGACGAGGACGAAGACAUCGAGAGCCCCAGGGAGGGAGAGGAGGAGGAGAAGGAGAAGGAUGGGAAGGACAAGAAGAAAGGAGAGAAAAAAGGAGAGAAGAAAAAAUCACCCCCAGUUGAGAAGGCUGAAGAGAGCACCGGAGAAGGGGAGGACAACGAUGGCGAGGAGAAGGAAGGGCGAGAGAGUGAGAAGGAGAAAGGGGAAAAGGACGAUGCCUCUGAGGAGGAUGCUCCAUCAGGCGAAGACUGAUCGUCUUCUUUCUGAUGGCAGAAAAAUUGUUUUACCCGUUUUUGUCUUUUCUUAUUGUGGAACAGUGGAGUUUCCACACUGCUCUGGGUGUUUUGGAUGUUUGUUUAUUUCUUUCAUCCUGUAAAUACAAUAUUUCAGAUGAACUCUCUGUGAAGUAUCAUCCACACUAUUUGCAAACAGUAUCGCUGAAGUACCCGCACCACUUUCUCUAUAUCCAACUUAUAGUAAUCUAUAUUAAUAUUGAGCAUUGCUUGAUGACCUUUUUGCUAAUUUAAUCUUUAUUCAAUUACAAAUGAAAGAAAGUGGUGGAAACCUUAUCACACCAUCAAGAUAUGUUUGAUAGUGCUCACUGAUGAACAUUUAUGGCAGAUUUGUUUUGUUAAAGCUCCAAUGUCACAAUCUCUCAAAAUUGUUAUUGCAGAUUUAAAUCUAGAAUAUUAGAUCAAUGAUUUGCUCUAAUGCUUGGAGUGUUAGCUACGUGAAUUAAUGCUGUAACCUCCUGAAGCGAAAUACAAAAUUACUGCCGUAAAGAUAUUUGGUUUUUGAGGGGAAACCUUAUGCUAGUUCACCACAUAAGCAAAGCUUGUAUGAUCUCACUCUGUUAAAUGCUUUUCAUAGCUGUGGGCUGGUUCGUUUUAUUGUUAAGUGAAUGUGUUAGACUUCCUGUCAUCGAGCUGCUCUGUGGAUUUGUAGAGCGCCAAAUUCGCCACAAUAUCAGUUAAGUUUCGGCAAGUUUCAUUGUCUUUAAACACAGACCACCACUUUCUCUGCCAUCAGUUUUUAAUUCAGGCUUUACUCAGCAAGUUGUGUGUAAACAUAAUUUUUAAAAUAUUUAUAUAUAAAGAAAUUGGAUCUUUUCAAUUCCAAAUAGAAGCAUAUUUUCAAACUAAUUUCAAACCAGUUUUGCAAAAAGCUUGUGUGCUGGAAAGGAGUGAAAGGUUAUACCUUGGUUAUUGCCUUGUACUCUCUCAACAGUUGAAAAAAAAUGAUGACAUUAAAAGAUGUUAACAUCUAUAAUGCUUUUAAAACAGUUUUGCUUUGAAGAUUUCUGCAGUUUAAAUGUAGCCUAUAAUUGCAUUGUAAUACCGCAGUUCAUGGAGUGGCAUUACGUGUCGUGAGUAAUAUUUAGAUGGUGUGACAGGAAAGUGUACGAUUUGGAUGUAUGAAAAGUCAGAGACUGUCAGAAGCGAGCUAGUAACAACCUUAUUAUUGACUUUGUGAUGCUUCAUAUGUGUAUUUUUUAAGUAUUUUGAUGCUUAUAGAUGCCUUUCAGAUAAAUUAUCUGUGGAGCCAGUUGGGUGGUGAAGCAGAAUGUAAUUCAGUUCAUCACCAUCCUGAGCUUUGUCUGCUUCUUUUGUCUAUUUCCAUGACUUCUAUCUUUGUCCAGUUAUGUAGCCUUUCAAUCUAUGAUAAUUUAUCUAAAAUACAACUAAAAUUUAAAAAAAAAAAAAAAAAGUUUUAAUUGAGCUGAUCUGAUUUUUUGGAAUAUUUGUUUUACAAAGAAAAAUAAAAUGUAUCUUGCAUUUAAA